AACCGUGGUUUUUUAUUUAUUGAACAUAUAAAACUAGUUUACAUCCUCACAAAAAAGGGAAGCAUGAGGCGUGUAUAGUACGUACGACAAGAGGGUCCCUUGUAGUUGUCGCCGGCGAGAGCGUUGAGCAAUACGACCACGCCCCACGUCGCGACGAUCGAUCCUGUGCCGAACUCCCACACCUCUAACUCCGCUUGAAAGCCUAGCUGCCUCAGUCUGGUACGUACGCACGCGCCCGCGCCCUUGUGACCAUCUCCUCCUCCACCCUCGUAGAAGCUACUCUUGUUCGGCCGGCGACCGAUCUAUGGCGGCCGCGGCGGCGCUGGGACCGGAGGUGCUGGAGGAGGCGCGGGCGCCGGGGUUCGCAGCGUGGAUGCGGGGGCUGCGUCGGCAGAUCCACCAGCACCCGGAGCUGGCCUUCCAGGAGCACCGUACCUCGGCGCUCGUGCGCGCCGAGCUCGACGCCCUCGGCGUCCCCUACGCAUGGCCCGUCGCGCGCACCGGCGUCGUGGCCACCAUCUCCGGCGGUGUCCCGGGCCCCGUGUUCGCGCUCCGGGCCGACAUGGACGCGCUCCCCAUCCAGGAGAUGGUGGAGUGGGAGUUCAAGAGCAAGGAGGACGGCAAGAUGCACGCCUGCGGCCACGACGCCCACACCGCCAUGCUCCUCGGCGCCGCCAAGUUGCUCCAGUCCCGCAAGGACGGCCUCGCGGGCACGGUGAAGCUCGUGUUCCAGCCGGCGGAGGAGAGCCACGCCGGCGGGUACCACGUGCUGCAAUCCGGCGUCCUGGACGACGUGGCCGCCAUCUUCGCCGUGCACAUCGACACGCAACUCCGCGCCGGCGCCGUUGGGUCCAGGCCGGGGCCGUUCCUCGCCGGGUCGGCCCGCUUCAAGGCCACCAUAACCGGAAAGGGCGGCCACGGCGCUAUGCCGCACGCCGCUGUCGACCCGGUGGUGGCCGCCUGCUCCGCCGUGCUCAGCCUGCAGCAGCUCGUCGCCCGCGAGACGGACCCGCUCCAGGGCGCGGUGGUGUCGGUGACCACCAUCAGGGGCGGCGAGACGUUCAACGUCAUCCCGGAGUCCGUGACGCUGGGUGGCACCUUGAGGAGCAUGACGACGCCGGGGAUGCGCUACCUGAUGAGGAGGAUCAGGGAGGUGGUGGAGGGGCAGGCGGCGGUGGCCCGGUGCGCGGCGACGGUGGACUUCAUGGAGGAGGAGCUCCGGCCGUACCCGGCCACGGUGAACGACGAGGGCGUGUACGCGCACGCCAGGGCGGUGGCGGAGGGCAUGCUGGGCCCGGCGAACGUCAGGCUGUCCCCGCAGAUCAUGGCCGCCGAGGACUUCGGGUUCUACGCCGAGAAGAUCCCGGCCGCCUUCUUCGGCCUCGGCGUCCGCGCCGGCGGCGAGGAGGACGAGGUGCACCACGUGCACACGCCGCGCAUGGUCAUCGAUGAGGACGCGCUCCCCGUUGGGGCCGCCCUCCACGCCGCAGUGGCCAUCGAGUUCUUGAACAAGCACGCGCGUGCCACGGCGUCGCCUCCCGCGGCUGCGUAGGUGCUCUGCUUUCGGCUCUGUUUCUGAGGGGUAAACGACGACAAGAUGUGUUCGGGCUGUGGAAUUGUUUGCCCUCGCAGUAAAUCUGGAUGAACAUGCGCUCAUUCACCGUUGAAUGUGUUGGAGGUUCGUAGGUCCAGAUUAUUAUUAUUUUUUGUAGCUUGAGUGGGAGGCAAUCUGUACUGAAAAUGACACGACCCAUCCCAAACUCCUCCGCAAGUAAAACAGCCUUCAUCAAUGCUAAUGCUUCCGCAUGAA